CAGCCGCCACCUCCCCCUCUCCCCUCCGCGUUGGCGGCAGCGGCGGUGGCGGCGGAGGAGGAGGAGGAGGAGGAGGAGGAACCCGACACACUCCGGCCCCGCUCCCGCCCCAGCCAAAGCCGAAGCUGCAGCCGGCGCCAGGCCGGGGCCAUGGGCGCCCCGCGCCGCCCGGGUCAUGAGAACGGAGGCGGAGGCAGCGGGGCCGUCGCUGGAGCCCGACGAGCUGACUGAGGUGCUCAGUGUCAGGGCCAGUGUCCCGCUUUCCGCCCUUGGUGACAGCUGCCAACCGAAGCCAGCAGGGCCGUCUGGGCAGACCUAGCCCUCAGGGGACUUUGUGCAGCUGCCCGUGCCCAUCAUCCAGCAGCUCUACCACUGGGACUGCGGCCUGGCCUGCUCCAGGAUGGUGCUGCGGUACCUGGGCCAGCUGGACGACGGCGAGUUCGAGGGGGCCCUGCAGGAGCUGCGGCUGACCCGCAGCAUCUGGACCAUUGACCUGGCCUACCUGAUGCGCCACUUCGGGGUGCGGCACCGCUUCUGCACCCAGACCCUGGGGGUGGACAAGGGCUACAAAAACCAGUCCUUCUACAGGAAGCACUUCGACACCGAGGAGACGCGCGUCAACGAGCUGUUCGCACAGGCCCAGGCCUGCAAGGUGCUGGUGGAGAAAUGCUCGGUGAGCAUCCAGGACAUCCAGGCGCACCUGGCGCAGGGCCACGUGGCCAUCGUGCUGGUGAACUCGGGGGUGCUGCACUGCGAGCUCUGCUCCAGCCCCGCCAAGUACUGCUGCUUCGCCCCCCGCGGCCACCGCUGCUUCUGCCGCACCCCCGACUACCAGGGCCACUUCAUCGUGCUGCGCGGCUACAGCCGGGCCACGGGCUCCAUCUUCUACAACAACCCGGCCUUCGCUGACCGAAUGUGCAGCACCAGCGUCAGUAACUUCGAGGAGGCCAGGACCAGCUACGGCACGGACGAGGACAUCCUCUUUGUCUACGUGGACAGCUGACAGCGGAGCCGGGCCCACUCAGGAGGCCCAGCCCAGCCCAGGCUGCUGGGGCUCGGAGACAGAGCGAAGGCCUCCGCCCGUGGGACAAAGCCCCAGGGAAUUCUGGGAGGUCGCAGCACACCUGACUCAUCACCCACCAGUGGUGAGUGCCAUCAUGCCACUCAGCCCGUACACCCUCUGGGUGCUGGAGACACCCCAGAGCUGAGCAGAGCCCCCCAGGACCGCAGUCUGACUCCGACUGCUCAGGGGCACCCAGCUCCGAGGGCGCCCAUACUGCCUCAAGCAAACCCCAGCUUGGGGAGCGGCCUGGCCCGUCCCCCCUCAGACCUGGGUACCCAGCCCCGGGAGAGAGGUUGCUUGUCAGGACAGUGUGUGUGUGUGUGUGUGUGUGUGUGUGUGUCAGGACAGUGUGUGUGUGUGUGUGUGUGUGUGUGUGUGUGUGUGUCAGGACAGUGUGUGUGUGUGUGUGUGUAGAUUGGCUGACCCGGCCUCGCUGGGAGCUGUCCCCCCUUCUCCCUGGGGGUGCUGCGGAGCCCAGGCCCCAUGGCUGGUGGCCCCUGGGAGGGCUGGGCCUUGGGCAGAACAGACUCUGUGCCCCCACCCCCCCCAGCCCUCCAGGUGCCCAAGCUCUAGGGGUGUGGGCAGGCUCCUGCCACUGGCCUGCGUCCCAGCAGUGGGCCGUCCUUUGAGAACGGGGAGCCCCAAGUCUCGCAAGGCUGGGUGCUGGGCGCCAGGACAGGCUGCGGCCUCCCCCCACCCUGGUGUUCACGCCACGACCUUUGGCACAGAAUAUUGGGUCUCCUGCCUGGGUGAGAAGCGGUGCCCGCCCAGGUCACAGCGCGGCGUGGGCACGGCCUAGAACUGUGGCCUUCUUUUCUUUUCUUUCUUUUUUGGCGGGGAGGGAGGCGGGUUAUUUGAGAUUUAAGUUUUCACUUCUGGGGUGAGAUUCACCCCCAGACGCUAAUAGUGAGACUGCAGGUACUUGGAACACGGACACCUCUUCACGGGCAGACGCGCCAGUUCAGGUCCCUCCUCAGAGAGGAGGCCCCGCGGGGCCCAUGCCAGGCCCCCACCUGCAGGCAGAACCCCUGGGUCGGGGAGUUUUCCCGGGACACUGACGGGUGAGCGGGGUCCGCACCCAGGCCUGCACCUAAGAAAUAAGGGAAGUGGAUCCUGCCCGCAGGGGCUGCCUCUGGCGAGGGGGCAGGGGUGCCUACAGCCCCGUUCUGCACCCCUGCGUCUGUGCCCAAGGCUGCCCCCCCUCCCCAAGGCAAACCACGCUCAGCACCUGCCCCACCCGCCAGCUGUCCCUCCCCACUGGCGGCUGGCGGGCUGGGUGGGCCCUGCUAGAAGGGCUGGCAGGCUCACCAGCGUCUCAGCACCAGCCGUGGCCUUGGCCGAGAGGGCGGUGCCACCCUGGGGUGCAGCUAGCGUGGUCUUCAGACUGGUCUCUGUUGCCUUAACGCUGCGUGGCCUCCCGGGGAGCCUGGCUCCAUGCCCAGCAGCCCACGUGUGGCAGCGUGGGGUGGGCGUCCUCAGGAGGGGCUGGGGAGACUGGCAGGGCGGUUGAGGGAGGGAGGCCGGCGCGGCUGGCAGGAGAGCAGCCUCCGUGAGGGUGGGCACAGCGCCUCUGUCCAUCGUGUGACACUUAAAAGCGCUCCGUCCCUGGGUGUGGAGGGGGACCACAAGGCAGGUCACCUGUCUGGGAGGAUGGCAGGAGAGCUGCCUGUCCCUGAGCAGCCAUCUGCCCGGGGAGGGUCACGGGGGGGAGGGGGGGACAGGGCAGGGAUGUGAACCACGCGCCAUUGUGCAAUGAGAAAUCAUGAAGAUGGAGAUGGGCCAAGAAGAGCCCCUUCUGCCUACAGACCGACCCCCUGUCCACAGCUGGGUCCCAGCACAGCCCCUGAGCCACGUGGACAGGUGGCUCUGUCCACUCCAGCCACGUGGAGACAAAAGGGAUCUUUUGCAUUGCGGAGAUUUUAUACAUAAAUCUAUUUUGUCUGUAAUGAGCCAUUCUCAAUAAAUGUUUCUCACUGCAACGUGACUGCCCCUG